AAUAUGAUAUUCAACAUGUCGUCUGAUGUUUUCCUUGGAAGCUUAUUACGUGAUAAAUUGCAUGCUUUUUGUCUCGUACCGAUAGACAAUAUUUUAACAGCUGUAGCCAGGUGGACCAACGCCUAACGUAAAACCGAAAAACCUCGAUAUUAUCGAGAUGCUUUUUAUUGCUUGUACUGAGGUUGUUUAUUUGGUGAUUGUUGGGGACAUCCAGUGAAAACACUGUUUACAUAACAUUUUUCACCACUCUUCCCGUGAUGUUAGCGAGAGAUUUCUGUUAUACUAAGCGAAUAUAAUUCUUAAUGGACCGGCAAUCGGAUUGCAGUUCAUAUAGUAUUGCACCUACCAUUUGAAUGAUGUACAGUAGACAGACGUGUAACGUUUUUGAAGACUUACUCUCUUUCAAACGCACGCCUGAGUGAUCUGGGGAAUGCAACCAGCAGUGAUAACAAUUCCGACCGCCUCCUGUGCCACAGAGGCCAGUGAUCUACAGAGGGCAGAGAGCAGAGGAUGCAGUCCCGAAAAGCACAGCCAGGACGGCUCGUCGUCGUCGAGGAGCAUCCGAGAGGAUCUGAGGAAAGAUGAAGGCCCCUGGAAAGAGGACAGUCUUACUCCGGCAGAGAAGCUCGACAGUGCGCGCACAGCCUGCGAGCAACUAAUUAAAAGCCACGAGGUGUCACGGGCCAUGACUGAGCUCAUCAGAUGUGUGGCACUGUCCAGGCUGGUCUACGGAGACGGGCACUGGCGUCUUGCAGAGGCUUUCGCCAAUGUGGCUUAUGGGUAUUUAAAGCUUCGAGGACUUCCUGCACAAGCACAACAGCAUGCUGAGACUGCUAGAGACAUUCUGCUGGCUGGGACACUGUUACCAGAACUUGUGGAGAAGAAAGACAUACUUCCUACCUUAAUGACCACCUACUACACCCUUGGGGUGGCACACCUCAUGCAGAAAAAUCUGAAUGAAGCUCACCAGAACCUGCAGAAAGCUGAGAAGAUCUAUCAGGGACACCAGGGCCUGUGUAGAUCAGAAUACCGAGCCCAGAAUGUCUCCCGGGAAGACCUGCAACGGGCCCUGGGCAGGGUGGCCUUGCAGCAGAAAAGACCUGCGUCUGCUGUGCUGUACUUUGAAAAAGCAGCUUCCUGUGUGAGCUCCACGCGAGGACAGGACAGUCUAGACCUGGUCGGCAUCUACCAGGAGAUGGCAAGAGCAGAGCAGAUGAGAGCCAGGCAUGAGGAGGCCAUCGAACACCUGCUGCAGGCUCACUCCAUAGCUACAGCCCAGCUCGACGAGAGCGUGGAGACAGCCCAGGCAGCCUUGUUACUUGCUCAAGGCUAUGCUGCAGCAGGAAGUUUACGCAGUAGCGAGCUGACAGAACAGUAUUUCAAGGAAAGCAUAAAUAUGUUUCGCAGUGUACUGGGAGAAGAAAACCCUCUGACGUUCCCCGCAGUGGAUAACUACACAAGCUGGCUGAUUCAAACAGGAAGACAGCAGCAGGCGCUCGAACUUCUCCGCAGUACGCUGCAGCGCAGAGUGGAGGCUUUUGGCAACUACAGUGAUUCAAUGGCUGACACUUUGAGCCUAAUGAGCAGUAUUACUCUUGCCGGGGGAGAGAUGAAGAAGGCCUACAAGCUGCUCAAGAAGUGCCUAGAGAUUCAGACAGUCCUGUAUGGAAGCCAGCACAAGAAGAGCAGACAGACCCAGCAGCUACUGGACAUGUUAAACAAGUCUCCUGCUGUAUGCAAAAAUAGUCUGCAGCCACAAUAACCACGAUCCCACAAGGUCACAAGAGAGAAGUACACAUGGGAGAGGAGGCAGACUAAUUCAGACUUAGGCCCAUUCUACUGUAUGCCAAGUGAGAUGGUCAGUGUGAGGCUGAGAUAUGUCAUUCACUGUUUUCCUGCUUUACUUUCCAAACAUGGCUGGAUGCUGUGAAUUCCAGCUGCAUCAGACACUGUGAAGUUGUGUGGUAAAGCUGUAUCAUUCUAUUACAAGUAAUGCCCUUUGAGUUAAUUGCUUUCAAACACAGACCAAGAAUCCAAAUGUUCAAAGUGUAAAAUUUACAUCCUGACCUGAAACCAUCAUGAUAAAAAGGUAAAGAAAAAAUAUCACUACGAGUGGCUCUAACAUUAAA